AAUCUUGUUGUCUUAAUCGAUUCAACCUGAGAUUCACUCAUCAAAAUGCAAAUCACAUCUGUUGCUCUGCUCUUAGCCUCGUUUGCAUCUGCACUGCCGACCACGUCGCUCGAAAUUACCAACAUUGCCCGAAGCAUUGUUGCCCGCGCCCCACCUGAGGCCAAAGCGAACCUGAAGUCUGUGGCAUCUAGUGGUACGGGCUGCGCGUCUAACUCUGCCGCUUUUGUCAUCAAGGAUGAUGCAGUUCUCGGGUUUGACUCUUUAGUCGUGGACUCCACGUUACCCGCCGUGAUAAAGAAAUGUCUUGUCACGAUUGAUCUCCAGGUGGAUCCGAAGUGGAAAUACACCAUCAACAAAGUCUCACAAAUCCGAGGUUAUAUCGAUAAUGCGUCUGGUUCUUUCAAAGCCAUCUACACAGUCAACGGUACCACUUCUGAAGUGUCGACCGAUAUCAAAUCAUCAAGUACUUCAGAUGGAAACUUCUCCAUCCGUUUGGAGCAGAACGGAGCGACUUCAGAAUACGGCGGAGGCAUAUCUACGAUUGAUAUUUCUUUAGCCUUGCUCCGUGAUACCACAAGAGAUGGGUCGGUCGCCGUUGACAGCCUAGACAUUGGAUUUGGAUAUUCCAAAUGACCUAUGAGGGAUGAAUACUCAGCUUACCACAAGACGUUGUUAUGCAACGGAUGGCUCCUCAUGUCUC